AUGAUACAAAGGCUCUCAAGUUGCAGCCUAACGACAAUCCAGGCAAGCCUGGUUACUACUCUCCUAGAUGGGAAAAAUUUCCUUUCUUGGAGUCGUGCAGUAAAACUGGGAUUAAAGUCCAAGAGGAAGCUAAACUUCAUCAGUGAAGACUCAAAGAAACCAGAAGAAAACUCCAAAGAAAUGGAGGAAUGGGAAACAACAGACUCGAUGGUAACUUCUUGGAUUCUAAACUCAAUUUCAAGAAACAUCGUGGAAAGCUUUAUGUACACAAAUACAUCAAGAGAACUCUGGAUCAAACUCGAAAGUAGAUCCGGACAGAGUAACGGGCCGAUGGAAUACAGACUGAAAAAGGAACUGGGAGCACUUACACAGGGAUCACUAUUUGUUUCUGAUUAUUUUUCAAAUUUGAAGAAGUUAUGGGAUGAGAUAUCAUCCAUAACAUAUACUCCAAAGUGUACCUGUGGAGCGGCAAAAGAAAAUGCAGAUAUUGAAAGCCAUGAUCAGACAAUUCAAUUCUUGAUGGGAUUGGAUAGCUGCUAUGAUCAUGAAAAAAAUCAAAUACUGAUGAUGGAUCCCGUACCUGGAGUUAGCAAGGCUUAUGCGAUGAUUCUCAGGGUGGAGAGACAAAAUGAAGAAACAAAUACUUCUCGGAACAUGGCACUGCAAGCAUCCAAGAGACCUGACUUUCAAAGAAAUUUUCAGAAGAAAAGAAACCUUCAUGACAAGAAGCUGCAGGUUUGCAAACAUUGUGGAAAGUCAGGCCAUCUUAAGGAGGUCUUUUUUGAAAUAUAUGGGUACCCCGAAUGGUACAAGACACUUAUUGAACAGAAGAAAGAAAACACAGCCACUGCAAACAAAGCAGCUGCGGCUAUUGAUCUGAAAACCAACCAAACAGGUACUGUAGAUGGCAAAGCAAUUUCUGAAAUGUUGAGGAUGGAAUUUCACAAGUUUCUUGGAGAGCUGAAACCACAAACACAGACAAAAUGUGAUGAAGACAGAUACAACUUUUCAGGUAAAACUACUGGUCCAGACACUUUUAAUAACAAAAGCUUUAAUACUUGGAUUAUUGAUAGUGGAUCCACAUCCCAUAUGUGCAACAAUGAACAUAUGUUUGUCAAUGAGAGAACCAAUUUAACCAAUGUGUAUGUUCACUUAGCAGAUGGGACUGAACAUCUUGUUAAGAAAACCGGAGACAUAAAACUUAACAACAAGAUCACUUUGAAAGAUACUUUAUACGUUCCUGAUUUAGAAUUUAACUUGCUUUCUGUUGGCAAGCUUUGUAAAGACCACAAGACUAAAGAAAUCAUUGCAGUGGCCUGUUUAGUAGGGAAACUUUAUAUUUUGAAUCCUCAGUCGUUUGACAAGAGAACCAUAGAACAGACUUUGCACAAAUGUAAUGAGAUUGGACUUCAUGCCUCACAUGUUUUUGGAUGCAUGUGUUUUGCCACUAAUAAUGUCCCUCAUAAAUCCAAAUUUGAUGUUAGAGCCACUAAAUGCAUUUUCUUAGGAUAUGCUCCUAAUACAAAAGGCUAUAAAGCAUAUGAUUUGAACAAAGAAUGUAUGAUUAUUUCUAGAGAUGUUGUUUUUUAUGAAAAUGUAUUCCCUUUUUCUAACAAACUUAAUGAUCCUGUAACCUGCUCCCUACCCAAUAUUUCACCUGAAGAUGAUUUCCAUGAUACAGAGGUCCUUGAUGAACCUGAGACUGAAAUAGAGAAUGAUAUUACAGACCAUGAAAAUCAGGAUAAUAGCACAAUUCUUAGAAGAUCAACUAGACAGAUUUCCCAACCUGUUAGGUUCCAAGAUUAUAUUUGUUCUCAUACAGAAUCUGAUUUUGAUAUGCCUUGCAUUAUACAAUCUUCUCACAUACAUAAGUGCCUUCAUGCAUCUGCUGAAAAUCCUGUAGAACCUAAAAGCUUCAAAGAGGCUGUUCAAAAGAAAGAAUGGAAAGUUACCAUGGAAAAUGAAAUAAAAGCUCUUGAAGAAAACAAAACCUGGGAUAUUACUAAACUGCCUAUGGAUUUACAAACUUAA